GGGCGUCACUCUACUGUGUAGUUCUCUGUACACCGCUUUAUCCUCACUAGGGUCAUGGGGGGUGCUGGAGUCUAUCCCAGCUGACUCGGGUGAAGGCAGGGGACACCCUGGACAGGUUACCAGUCUGUCACAGGGCUACAUCAUAUAUAUAUUUAUAUACAUAUCUAUGGUUCAGCCAGCCGGCCAACGUCACGACGCAUCGACCUCUAAGCGGGACCACAGCUCCCAGAACACACCGCGGCACGCAUGCGCAGUCUGAGCACAUGAAGGACGAAAACAGAUGAUCGUGUUCGUGCGGUACAACCUGGGCCCAGGUGUGGCCGUGGAGCUGCAGGAGGAGUCCAGCGUGGCCGAGCUGAAGGAGCUGGUGGGGAGUCAGCAGGGAGUCCAACCCGAGCAGCUCCGGGUUCUGUUCGCUGGGACGGAGCUGCAGAACUCCUCUACGCUGCAGAGCUGUGACCUCCCGGAGCAGAGCACCGUCCACGUGGUUCUACCUUCCGCUGGUUCAUCCUCUCAGCUCCAUCAGAACCAUCUGGCCCGAUCGGACCUCGGCUCCUCCCACCUCCUCCCCUCCUCCCCCUCCUCCCCCGGCCCAGCUGAGGUUCUGGAGGGGAGGCAGGAGGCUGCAGAGGAGUCCCCUUCAGGUGUGCAUACCUGCAGUACUUUCUAUGUGUACUGUAAGAGCUGCAGGUCGGUCCAGCCUGGAAAACUGAGAGUUCGAUGCCGAAGCUGCAGACAGACGACCAUGACACUGAGCAGGGGUCCGUCCUGUUGGGACGACGUUCUCAUCCCGGGUCGUAUCCGUGGCAACUGUCAGUCAGAAGGUUGUCACGGCAACGAGGCGGAGUUUUACAUGAAGUGUGCGACCCAUCCAACCCCAGAUGACGACCCCUCUGUGGCCCUGGACCUCAUCAUGACCAACACCAGAGACGUGCCCUGUAUUGCCUGCACUGAUGUCAUGGAGGUGGUAGUGGUCUUCCCGUGUUCGGAGCGUCAUGUGAUCUGUCUGGACUGUUUCCGUGGUUACUGUGAGGCUCGGCUCGGUGAGCGGCGCUUCGUCUGUCAUCCCGUCAUAGGAUACUCGCUGCCCUGUGCAGCUGGCUGUGAAGAUUCUCUGAUCAGAGAACUGCAUCACUUCAGGGUCCUGGGAGACGAGCAGUAUGGGCGGUACCAGCGGUAUGGGGCCGAGGAGUGUCUGCUGGCCAUUGGAGGACUGAUGUGUCCGUCACCUAGCUGUGGGGCGGGGCUUCUCCCACCUGACGGCAGCAGGAGGGUGGAGUGUGACCGACCGCUGGGCUGUGGCUUCAUCUUCUGCAGGGACUGCAGGGAGAGCUACCACCAGGGGGCGUGUCAAGCGGCACUGGCUCUGUCUACAGGGGAAGCCUCACAGGGUUUCCUGGUCGGGGGGGAGGCGGCUCUCAGGGGGAGGUGGGACCGAGAGUCUCUGCUGCUGAUCCAGGAGACGACCAAACGCUGCCCCCAGUGUUCAGUCCCUGUAGAGAGGAACGGCGGCUGUAUGCACAUGCAGUGUCCUCGCUGUCAGACUGAGUGGUGCUGGUUCUGUGGCGUUCCGUGGAACAGAGACUGUAUGGGAAGCCACUGGUUUGGAUAAAUGUCCAGCAGCAGCUAGCUGUUGAGCAACCCCCCCCCCCCCCCCCCACAUGAAGCCACGCCCCCCUCCCCCCAUGCGGUUACCGUGAUGACCUGAUGCAAACAGACUGAAUUCCAGUUGGACUCAUUCAUGUUCUGAUGAAUCUUAAGGAACCUUCAGACAGGAAGAACCUGUGACUCAUUAAUUAAAUGUUGUUUUUGUCUCUGUGACCUCAAAUAAAAUACACCUAUCAAAGAGUGA